AUGGAUCCCAUUGCUGGCACUGGAGAUGGCAAGACGGGCAAAUAUGCCAGCAUGUUGCCUGAACAAGCACCACCCCGGACCCCAUUGGAGCACGCUUACCGGCUCUUGGACCAAGAGCACUUCUGCACUGCCCUGUACUUUGUCCUCGCACUCAUCACCAGACUCUAUCGCAUCGGCAAGUCGCCCACCGUCAUUUGGGACGAAGCUCACUUUGGCAAGUUCGGAUCGCAUUACCUCAAGCACGAAUUCUACUUUGACGUUCACCCUCCCUUGGGCAAGAUGCUGGUGGGACUGGCCGGACUUUUGUCUGGGUACAAUGGCUCCUUCGAAUUCAAGUCGGGCGAGAGCUAUCCCGAAGGCUCUCAGUACUACGUAGGAAUGAGGAUCAUCCUCGCCCUCUUCGGUGUCGCCAUGGUUCCCGUCGCCUGGAGCUCGUCUGGUGCUCUGGGCUGGAACAAGCGCAGUAGACAUCUCCUCGCCAUCAUGGUUCUCUGCGACAAUGCCUGGCUCGUCAUCUCCCGUUUCAUCCUUCUCGACUCUAUGCUCCUCUGCUUUACCUUUACCACCGUGCACGGCCUGUUGAUGUUCCACCAGCAACAGAGGCGACCGUUCUCGACCAAGUGGUGGUUCUGGUUGACCUUUACUGGUCUGAGCAUAGGCUGUGUGAUGAGCGUCAAGUGGGUCGGCCUCUUCGUCAUGUCACUGGUUGGACUUUACACCAUCGAGGACCUCUGGGAUCGCUUCGGUGAUCUCAAGAUGCCAGUUCGAACCUACCUGCGCCAUUGGUGUGCCCGGGCUCUGUGCUUGCUCGCCAUUCCAUUGACCGUCUAUCUCAUCUCCUUCAAGCUGCACUUUAUGAUCCUAUCACACUCUGGACCAGGAGACGCUCAGAUGUCCUCGUUGUUCCAAGCUCACUUGACCGGCAAUGACUUUGCGGACUCGCCCCUCGAGGUGGCCUACGGGUCUAGGUUGACCUUCAAGAAUAUGGGCUACGGUGGUGGACUGCUCCACUCGCAUAUUCAGACGUACCCCGUGGGCUCUCAGCAGCAGCAAGUCACUUGCUACCACUACAAGGACAACAACAACGAAUUCAUCGUCACUCCUGUCAUCGAACAGCCACAAUUACCCGCAGCAGGAUCGGAAGCCGAGAAGACUGCCCCUCUGCGAAUGCUGCGAAAUGGCGAUACGAUCCGCCUGCGCCACGUCCAGACGGGUCGCAACCUCCACUCGCACAAGGUGGCUGCACCUGUCACCAAGGAGAAUUACGAAGUCAGCGCCUACGGCAAUGACACCGUCAGCGACGCCAAUGAUUACUGGGUCGUAGACAUGGUUGACGAUAUGCACCAGGGCAAGGCCAAGCCAGGCAUGCAAGUCCAGUCCCUCACGAGCAGGAUCCGCUUCCGACACCAAAACCUCAACUGCUACCUUCGCGCUGCAAACGCUGUGCUGCCCCAGUGGGGAUGGAAGCAAGUCGAGGUGUCUUGUGACAAGGAGAACAACCCCAAGGAUGAGCACACCUACUGGAAUGUCGAAUCACACUGGAACGAUCGACUGCCCGCUGGCAACACGAAGCUGUACAAGUCACCCUUCCUGCGCGACUUUAUCCACUUGAACGUCGCGAUGAUGACUUCCAAUAAUGCACUGGUGCCCGAUGCCGACAAGGAGGAUCUCCUAGCUUCGAUGCCCUUUGACUGGCCUCUCCUCUGGAAUGGUCUAAGGAUGAACUCCUGGGCCGAUUCGGCAACGAAGUACUACCUCAUCGGCAACCCAGUCAUCUGGUGGGGCUCCACCGUCUCCAUCUUCGUCUUCCUCGGUACUCUCCUCUUCUACCUGGCGCGCAUGCAAAGGCGUCACGCCGACCUCUCUCCCGCUUCUUUCAAUCAAUUCGUCUUUGUAGGAAAGGUGGGCUUCUUUGGUUGGUUCUUGCACUUUUUGCCAUUUACAGUCAUGGCGAGGGUAUGCUACAUCCACCACUAUCUACCUACACUCUACUUUGCUUGCAUACUCUACGUGCACGUAUUGGACCACUUUUUGUUCAAUGACGCGACCGCCAGGUACAACUCCAAAGGUCAAGUCGCUCCUCCCGAAAUCGUCUAUCCAGACUCUGGUCUUCGUAGACCCAUCAGUCCCGCCAUUAAGAAUCUCCUCUUUCUCAUCAUUGCAGGUGCCAUUGUUGGCACAUUUGCCUUUUUCCACAAGACGGCACUAGGAAUCGAUGGACCGGUUUGGAAGUAUGCGGGCAGGAAAUGGAGAAAUAGUUGGAACAUCUAUGAUUGA